AUGAAAUGGCGACUAAGAGAGGGGCAGGGCGAGGCUAUUUAUGAGGUUGGCGUUGAAGACGGUGGUAAAAUGAGUGGGCUAUCAGAUGUGGAAAUGGAAGCGUCGCUGAUUACUUUGAAAGCUAUGGCAAACGCUCUGGAUGCUAGCAUGGUUAUCCUCACAGAGAAAGAUGUGACCCCGAGAGGCAGCUGUUCGCGUCGCAGAGUGGUUGAAGUACUCGUACGCAAGGUUCCUGAGAGUCAGCAGUUUAUCGAACUGAGGCUAGCUGUACUUGGCGGCGCCGAUGUUGGAAAAUCUACUUUCUGCGGUGUGAUGACUCAGGGUUGUCUUGACGAUGGUAACGGAAAGACACGGCUGAACCUCUUCAGGUUCCCUCAUGAAGUCCGUAGUGGAAAAACGAGUUCUGUUUGCCUAGAUAUUAUUGGGUUCGAUUCACGGGGGAAGCUUGUCAAUUAUGCUCAAAAUAGCCUUGAAGAGCUAGUGGAAAGGUCCAAGAAAAUAGUCACCUUGAUUGAUUUGGCUGGAGAUGCGAAGUACCUGAAAACUACUAUACAUGGAUUGUCUGGCUACAAGCCACAUUUUGCAUGCCUGUUAAUCUCUGCUGAAACUGGACCAACCGCUACGACGAAAGAACAUCUUGGACUUGCGGCGGCUCUGAAUAUUCCCGUUUUCGUAAUAAUAACGAAGUGGGACCUUGUGGAGAAAGAACAACUGGACAGGGUCAUCAAAUCUGUCUCUUCGCUACUUUCACGUGCUGGUAUGGUCUCGUGUACGAAACGAGUGAAGCGGAAAAGAGAUGCUGUGAAGGCUGCUUCAAAUCUAUGCUCUUUUGGCACGGUACCAAUUUUAUGCAUCUCUUGUGUUACUGGCGCUGGUCUCGGACUUAUACGUUGUUUCCUCAAUGUGCUGCCACCCACGGGUACGACAGGAUCUCGUCUUCAGUUGGUCUCACAACCUCCACUUUUCACCAUCGAAGAAAUGUUCAACGUUCCUCAUGUUGGAACUGUGGUAGGAGGUAUGCUGUCCUCAGGGCGUAUUCAAGAAGGCGAUGCCGUUCUUGUCGGGCCAUAUAAGGACGGAAGUUUCGAGAAGGCUUUUAUUGGUUCGAUCAGACGAAGCCGUCAGCCUGUCCAAGCAGUGCUGCCGGGCGAAGCUGUCAGUAUUGCUCUUACUCGACGUUCAAAAAGUUCGCAGCCUUUAAGAAGGGGGAUGGUGUUGAUGUCUGCAAAUGCUAACCCGUCUUGCUGCCGCCGAUUUACUGCGUCAUUGUUCUUACUAUCGCAUUCUACACGUCAUCUCUGCAUUGGUUUUCAAGCUACAGGUAUGUUAUGA